AUGCGUUUACAAGCCAUUUCAUUUGCACUUGGAAUAGAGCUUCUGCUCCUGGUGCAAGGUUUGCCGAAACCAAAGUUCAAGGGCGAAAAUGCUCUGGAAAGGUUUAGCAACGAGUCUGUGAUGGCUGAACUGCUGCAGCUCUUGAAUCAACAAUCAUCCACUGGCACAGAUAAUCCAUCACAUGAACCUAUGCCUCUACCAGUCCCUACCGUACAAACAGCUAACACUGGGAAUGAAUUCUACAUUGGAUUCAUGGACAACUACAUCAAGCCAGCAUUUCUACCAUUUGAUCAGUUUAUUCUCAACCGCAGCGAAAUUUUCAUCACCACAGCUGAGAGCUCAGAGGUAGUCACAAUGAUAGAGAGCGAGGAGGGAACUACCAUGGUCAGUGUUAGACCUGGAGAGGUCGUGACUAGGAGACUGCAACAGCUGAAGGUUCAGUCAGGGAGGGAUCGAAGUAAGGGCUUGAAGAUAAAGGCUGAGCAGCUCAAGCACAUUGUCGUAUUUGCACUAAACAAGGAGCUUCAUUCGACCGAUGCCUUCACUGCUCUUCCAUGUUCACAUCUUGCGUCUGUCACAUCUUACGAAUACUAUGCAGUAUCGGUCCCUCCCACACCUGUCGUCGAUACCGCUGCUGACAGUGCUUUCCUGAUAGUGGCCUGCUCUGACAACACCACAGUCACCAUCACUCCGACUCAGACCAUCUCCCAUCCCUACAUACCCAUCCUCACAAUCAGAGCUGGAACCUCAUUCUCUGUCCUUCUCCAAGAGAGACAGACUCUCUAUGUACAGGACAGGCAAGACCUGACUGGGUCUAGAGUUGUGUCCUCGUCUCCAAUCUCCUUCUUCACUGGACAUGAGUGUGGGAAUGUCCCGGCAGGUACCCCAGAGUGCGACCAUCUUGUGGAGCAGAUCCCCCCCACCGUCACCUGGGGUAACCAGUUCAUCGUGGCCCCCACCGCCACAAGGAGAUCUCCAGACCUGGUCAGAGUCAUUGCUGCACAAGACGGCACUUCAGGAAAUGCAACAUGCAUUUACCAAGAAUCAGGUGGUGACACAGAAAUCUUUACUUUGUCGUUGGCCCGGGCCAGUAACUUCAUGGAGUUCAACCUUUCUGCUAACAAGUACUGCUUCAUACAGGCCGACAAGCCAGUGCUAGUGGUCCAGUUUACUGCUGGAGGGGGUGCAGAUGGUGCUAGCAAUGCCGAUCCAUUCAUGGUGAUUGUUCCAGCAGUGAAACAGUACCUAGACAUCACAACCUUCUCUACCAUUAGUGGUCACGACUAUCAAAACUACGUCAAUCUCUACGUUCCUGCUGGGUUUGAUCCAUCAGGUGUUAUGAUUGACAGCUUUCAUGGAGGAAAUGAAUGGGUGUCCAUCGCAUGUCCCAAUUCUCCUCAUAUUUGUGGUUAUACAAAGCAAGUUCCCAUCAGUGAUGGUGUUCACUCUAUACAGAACAGCAAAGGUGGUCCAGUUGGUGUGACAAUCUAUGGAUUAUCACAUCUUGAAAGCUAUGCUUAUGUUGGUGGUUUAAAGCUCACUGUUUCAGAUCAAGACAUUGUUACACCCCCAACGUCAUUAUUUGCAAUCUCUGGCAGCUCCAUGUGCCUUCAGUGUCAUUCUGGGACCAAAGAACUUAGCUCAACAUUCAAGUGGAGUAAAAACGGACACGCCAUCGGGAUACCAGCUUGGAGACUACUUGUUACCGCGAGUGGCUAUCUUUGCAUUAGGGAUGUCAAGUACAGUGAUACGGGGAAGUACGAUUGUCAUGCACCCAACCAGACUAUUAGUUUCUCUGCAACGCUUAAAGUGACAGGUGGUAUAAUCCUGGAGCCAUCCUGUAACAUAGCUGGCAAUGAUGGUCCAGCAAUUGGCAUAGGACAGGAAACUGUCUACCUGGACAGCAGCACACGCUCUUUUGGGAUCUGCUGCAGAGUCCAGGGUCCACCAGGCUACAGAGUCACCUGGCUACAUAAUGGGGCUCUCAUUUCAAGCAAGCAUCAAGGGUAUGUGUUUGGCAAAGGCUACCUCAAGUUCUCUGGGUUGUUAACCCAAGGCUGCACCAAGUACACCUGUCAGGUUGAAAAUGGUGACAGUAAAAGUGAAACUAUUGAAAUUUGUGUUGGAGAUAUUUGGCCACCCACUGUCAUCCAUAUUGCUGGAGAAAUGACAGUAUUGGACAAUACAAAUGCGACCUAUCAGUGUAAUGCAGAUGGCUCUCCAGAACCAAUAAAGAUGUGGACAGCAGAAUGUGAAGCACAGUCUCCCCUUCCUCCUACUGCCAGAGAUGAUGGCAACGGAGGGCUAACACUACGAGUCCACACAGAUACUUCCUGUAGAUACUGCUGCCAUGUCACCAACGGACACAACACGAUUAUCAGCAAAUGUUUCAUCAUAAAUGUACUCGUUCCUCCAGCAAUUGCUAAGCAACAAAACUUGCCAAUUACGACUGUGACAGUACCACAUGGAGUUGCUUGGCCUCUUCAAGAGCCACGAACUGAAACAAUUCCAAUUGGAAGCAAUGUCAUGAUCCCCGAAGGCUACCAUCUGAUAAUAGAGUGUGGAAUACUCCGUGGUAACCCAAAACCUUCAAUUGUGUGGCACUUUGGUGACAAUAUCAUCCAAGGCCAACAAUACAUAGUGGAAGAAGAUGGGAAACUCUUGAUAAAUGCCAUUGUUAGGGGGAGGAAUGAAGGCGUGUACACAUGCAUUGCUGAUACCGACAGUGUCGGUCAGGACAACAGCUCAUCAACAGUGAUUGUCACUGUCCCUCCAGGAAUCAACAGUUCAGAGCUAGUCACCAGUCCAGGUAAGUGUCUGGACCUCACACAGAGUCUAGUGAACACACAGCCUGUUGGUGUGGACCUGUGCCUGAGAGCUGGAGAAGAAGCCAGCAUCACACUCCAAUGUAACAUUGUGGAGGGCUCACCAGCUCCAACCAUACAGUGGCUGAAAGAUGGGGUCCCUAUUCAUGGAUCAAUGGGACAAGUUAAAGAAGAUCAUCUCAUAACAAUACAUCUACCAGUUCAUGCCUACGGGCAACAAAAGCACAAGUUUGAAGGAAACUACACAUGUCAUGCCUUCAACAUAGCUGGAAGCACUAGCGUGGAAAGCCACAUAACUCUCUUUGGAGACAUCCCCACAGGCAACUCUACAAGAAAUAUUGGAAUAACUUAUGCUGACAUAUACAACCAGUUGCACAAGUCUGUCUCGGAACAUUUCCCCAGAGUCAGGGAUGGACAACAGCACAUAACGUUUCUCACAACCGGGAAAAGUUUGGCUUAUGAUGACUACGAUCCAGGGUAUCUGUAUGAUGAGAGCGAGGAGAGUGUGCUGCCUCAGAGCAUGGAGAACAUGUUUGACCUGGUGGACAUCAUCCCUGACGGAGGAAGCAUCGUCUUCAACCCACACAGGGCACCCAGACUCCAGACGACAUACAGUCAAUUGCUGGAGAUGCUGCAAGUGGCACCCAGCUCUCUCUCGCCUGAACUACACAUAAAAAUACAGCAAUUCUUCCAAGAGGGCAUCCGAGAUCCGAGCAGUGGACAAACACUGCCUCGACUCAGUCUCUAUCUCCUCUACAAGAACACCUACUAUAGGACUAAAAUGGAGGUGGACGACCUGAUUGAGUCCAAACAACUGGGUAUUCUUGAGUGGGAGUUCACCCAGUGGUACGAACGAAACAUACACACUCUCCAGAUGAAGAUCAAUGAUGCUUACGCGAAAUGGGAGAUGUAUGCAAACAAAGCUGAAGUUGAGGAAAAACUAGAGAACCUGAACUUGGAGGACCAUUCACAGGAGAUUCAAGAAGCACAGGCAUUUAUUCUAGCAAGCCAGAGGACAUCUCGGUUCAAAGAUGAAAAGCAGUACUACCUGGUUAAAUUCUACCCAGACACAUGGUACAAGCAGCUUAAAAAUCAAGUCAAGGAGAGUGUUGAGCAAAUGCAGUUUCAGCUGUCAAAACUGAAAGCAGAGGUGCAGGUAUUGGAGCUCACCAGUCAGCAUCUUGAGAAAAAGGCCCGUGAACGGGAGAUUCUGAGUGUGGUUAAUCCCACCCUUGAUCCAGUCUACAAGCUCUACCGUGAUCUCGACGAGGCUACUCGUCAGCUGCAGAAGCUGGUGAAGGAAUCAGAGGACUUGCGCUACAAGUGUCUUCUUCGUGGAAAUCCUGAAAAUUGCCACAAGUACAGCGGUUUGCAGGAGCACAUCCGUGAUGAGGUGCUGAGCAACUAUACUGAGUUCUACUGGUAUGUUCACUCAGUCGAGGCAGCCCUGAAUUACAGGGAUAUCACCAUCCCAGCCAUUGCUAGUACCAUCAGUAAGCUACAAAACAAGAUGAUUCACAUACAGGCCUCCAUAAAUAUUGCACUCUCCGAGCUCUCUGAAAAAAAUAGUGAGGUAGCCAGUGAAAACCAAGAUGCUUUCACCAAUUUUAUAUACAGCCCAAACUUUCUAAACCAGACAAUAAAAUACGACUUUAGCCUUCCUUCGUCCCUACUCGGUCGGCUGCUGUGGUACAUUAACCCCGAGAGCACUAGACUUCUCCCAAAGGAGUUGACAGAGGAAUACAACCUCACCAUCAACCACCUGAACACUGCAUUUACUAAUGUGUCUGCCAAGCUUUCCAGGGUCAAUGUUCACAGGAGAUGGUUCAAGGCAGGGAUAUUUGGAAACAAGCAUCUCAAGCUGGCAAAUCCUGAUGUGCUUGUAUCUCCGGGUGAAGUCACUCCACCACAACACUUCCGUGAAUUUCUUGCGAAUGGCACCUACCAGCUACCACUCUACCCCACCACCCUCCUUCUGGCCACCAACAUAGAACUCACUGUCGACGUUCCCUUCAUAUUCCACACUCUACCAACCCUCAUUAAAUUUUCUUACGACCCCCAUGUCACCGGAGGGUUCGGCCCCUUCUCGUUCGGCCGGCUCCACAGAGCCAGUGCUGGGGACAUGAAGUUCAGGGUGGGUGUCAGAGACAACAAGAUAUCCAUCACACUACCUGGAACCCAGCUGAUUGGCUAUGUCUGUGACGUGGUUCCACAACAUCCGAGAGAACCUACCUACAGAGUUCGUCGUUCAACUCACUCAAAUGUACAAGAUACACUCGUGAAAGAGUCAGAGUUUGACCAGUGGCUCUUUUCAAAGAAGAACAAAGUCUUGGACUUCAGACCUCUUCCCAAUGGGCCAUACCCAACCAACAAAACAAGGUAA